AUGCAGCAAUGGAGUCUUCUGGUGCUCUCUUUCCUCCUUUCUCCAGUUCCAGCAAGUGCAGUAAAAGAACUCCCUGAGGGCAAAAAAUAUGAAGUGGUUUAUCCUGUGAGACUUCAUCCAUUGAGUAAAAGAGAGACCAGAGAGUCAGAGCAAAAGGAAGCAUUUGAAACUGAGCUAAAGUACAAAAUGACAGUUAACGGAGAGGUUGCAGUGCUUUAUUUAAAAAAGAACAACAAUCUCCUUGCACCAGACUACUCGGAAACAUACUAUAAUUCCAGAGGAAAACAGGUCACCACAAGCCCACAAAUCAUGGAUAGCUGUUAUUACCAAGGACAUAUCAUAAAUGAGAAAGUUUCCGAAGCCAGCAUCAGCACGUGUCAAGGUCUUCGAGGCUACUUCAGUCAAGGCGAUGAAAGGUAUUUUAUCAAACCUUUGAGCUCAGAGAACCUCGAUGAACAGGCUCAUGCCCUCCUCAAGGAUGACCCCAGUGAAGUUCAAGAGAACAGCAGCUGUGGAGUGGAUGAGGUGUCAUGGCUACAAGGGCUGCAUCAGAAUGUGGUCCCACCUGCCACCAGACUGAUUAAGUUGAAUGAUGCGAUGGUUCAAGAACCUAAGAAAUACAUAGAAUAUUAUUUGGUCCUGGAUAAUGGUGAGUUUAAGAAGUACAAUAAAAAUCUUACUGAAAUAAGAAAGAUAGUGUUUGAGAUGACCAAUUACGUCAACAUGCUUUACAAAAAGCUUAAUGCCCAUGUGGCAUUAGUUGGAAUUGAAAUUUGGACUGACGGAGAUAAGAUAAAGAUAACACCAGACCCCAACACCACCCUGGAGAACUUCUCUAAAUGGAGGGGAAGUGAUCUGCUAAAACGAAAGCAUCAUGAUAUUGCUCAGUUAAUCUCCUCAACAGAUUUUUCUGGAUCAACAGUUGGCUUAGCUUUCAUGUCUUCGAUGUGUUCCCCUUAUCAUUCUGUUGGCGUCAUUCAGGACCACAGUAACUACCAUCUUCGAGUCGCAGGGACAAUGGCCCAUGAAAUGGGCCACAACCUUGGCAUGAUCCAUGACUACGUGAGUUGCAAGUGUCCAUCUGAAGUCUGUGUAAUGGAGCAGUCACUAAGGUUCCAUAUGCCUACAGACUUCAGCUCCUGCAGCCGUGUCAACUACGAGCAGUUUCUUCAAGACAAAUCAUCCCAUUGCCUCUUUAAUAUCCCAUCGCCUUCAGACAUCAUAUCCACCCCGGUGUGCGGGAACCAGGUAGUAGAAAUGAAUGAGGACUGUGACUGCGGCACCCCCAAGGAAUGUACCAACAAAUGCUGUGAUGCAAAGACCUGUAAAAUUAAAGCAGGUUUCCAGUGUGCCCUGGGAGAAUGCUGUGAGAAAUGUCGAUUUAAAAAGCCUGGGGUUGUGUGCAGAAUGGCAAAAGAUGAGUGUGAUCUGCCUGAAAUGUGUGAUGGUAAAUCCAGCCACUGUCCCGUUGACAGAUUCAGAGUCAAUGGCUUCCCUUGCCAAAAUGGGCACGGUUACUGCUUGAAGGGCCGCUGUCCCACCCUGCUGCAGCAGUGCCUGGACAUGUGGGGCCCAGGAACCAAAGUUGCAAAUAAGUCAUGUUACCAGCAGAAUGAAGGAGGGUCAAGGUAUGGCUACUGUCACAUAGAGAACAACACACAUAUGCCCUGCAAAGCUAAAGAUGCCAUGUGUGGGAAGUUGUUCUGUGAAGGUGGGUCACGUGAUCUGCCUUGGAAAGGACUUACAGUGUCUUUCCUGACAUGUAAAUUAUUUGAUCCUGAAGACACCAGUCUAGGAGUAGACAUGGUGGCCAAUGGAACCAAGUGUGGAAAUAAAAAGGUGUGCAUUAAUGCAAAGUGUGUGGACAUGGAGAAAACAUACAAGUCGGCCAACUGUUCCUCAAAGUGCCAGGGGCAUGCAGUGUGUAACCAUGAGCUCCAGUGUCAAUGCAAGGAAGGAUGGGCCCCUCCUGACUGCGAGGAUUCUGCUACAGUCUUCCACUUCUCCAUUGUGGUUGGCGUGCUCUUCCCCCUGGCAGUCAUAUUUGUGGUAGUUGCUAUAGCGAUCUGGCACCAAAGUGCUAGAAGGAAGCAGAAGAGAGUUCAGAGGCCACCAUCCGCCACCGAUGCCAGGCUAUACAAGCAGAAGUGUAAACCCCAAAAGGUGAAGGCGGUUCAACCCCAGGAGAUGAGUCAGAUGAAGAAGCUCCACGUGUCUGAGGUGCCCACUGAGGAGAGCGAGCCUCCACCUGAUGUCCUAAUCACAAAGCCGAAUUUCCCACCACCUCCAAUUCCUGUUUCCUCGGAACUAGAGGGAGAUAAAACUGGCCACUGGAGAGACCAUAACUGUAUGCUGCCUGGGACCUCUCAGCUACCCACAGAAGCCAACAUGUCUUGGGUCCUGCUUUCUGUCCUGUGGUUCAUCAUUCAAAGCCAAGUGAUAGAUACAACAUCAACCCCCAAGUUAAAGCACCAUGAAAUAGUUCAACCUAAAAAACUACCCAUUGCCCAUAGAAGAGGAAUUGAGAGCAACGAGACAAAUAAAUAUGGUGAAGAGGAAAGAUAUGCACCUGAAGUUCAAUAUCAGAUCAUACUAAAUGGAGAAGAAAUCACCUUUCACCUAAGGAGAACCAAGCAUCUUCUGGGAGCAGACUACACUGAAACAUCUUACUCAUCCAGAGGAGAAGAGGUGACCAGACGCUCUCAGGAUGCGAAACCCUGCUACUAUGAAGGCCACAUCCUGAACUCAAGGGGCUCUCUUGCCAGCAUCAGUACAUGCGAUGGGUUGAGAGGGAUCUUCACUCAUCAUAAUCAGAGAUAUCAAAUAAAGCCUCUACAAAGCUCAGACGAAGGAGAACAUGCCGUUAUUCCAAACAGCCAGGAGAAACCAGACACAGCUAAUUACAAGCAGGGUAAGAAGGAUGUUGGCAGGAAACGAAGCCAUCUUCGAACUUCUAGGUCACUCAAAAGCUCAAAUGCAGACUUACUUCAAGGACAGAAGUACAUUGGUCUCUUCUUGGUGCUGGAUAAUGCCUAUUAUAAGAUGUUUAAAGGGAAUGUAACCCAGAUGAGGAGCUUUGUGUUUGAGGUGCUGAAUCUGCUCAAUGUGAUUUAUAAAACCAUAGAUAUUCAAGUGUCUUUGGUACGAAUGGAAAUCUGGUCUGAUGGUGAUAAGAUAAAGGUGGAACCCAACACUGGUGUCACAUUAAAAAACUUCAUGAGAUGGCAUUAUUCUAACCUGGGAAAAAGGAUCCAUAACCAUGCCCAGCUUCUCAGUGGAAUUGGCUUCCUUGGUGGACGUGCAGGAAUGGCAGCUGCAAGCUCCUUGUGUACUACUUCUUCAGUGUCAGUGAUUGAGGCUAAAAGAAAGAAUGCUGUGUCUCUCGUAGCAAUAAUGUCGCAUGAGUUGGGUCACGCCCUAGGCAUGCAGGAUAUUCCAUACAAUACCAAGUGUCCGUCUGGCAGCUGUGUGAUGAAUCAGUACCUGAGUUCGAAAUUCCCGAAGGAUUUCAGUACCUCGAGCCACUCACGUUUUCAAAGAUUCCUUUCAUCUAGAAAUACAAGUUGUCUGCAGGUGGCACCUAAUCCUAAAAAUAUAAUAAAGCCAACAUGCGGGAACCAAGUUCUGGAAACGGGAGAAGACUGUGACUGUGGCUCUCCUCAGGAGUGUACCAAUCUCUGCUGUGAGCCUCUGACUUGUCAGCUGAAAUCCCAGCCUGACUGCAGAGAAGAAGCAUCCAACCACAUCACAGAAUGAUCCAGUGUCUACUUCACUGAGGAGCUACUUUGCCAGGACAAGAACCUGACUACCCCAGGGAUCUUCCUAGUUUCACUUUGUGCUUCUGUAUAGACAGGCCUCUGUAUGCUGUGUUCUGUGCGCCUCCCACAGAGUCAAUGACUAAACAAGAAGAUCCUGAAAUAUGCUUGUAUCUGUUGCGAUCACGUAGACCAUAGACAUUUUCUUCUUGUUAUUCCCUACAUAAUACAGUAUAACAACUAUUUGCAUAGCACUUUUGUUGUUUCAGUGUUAGAAGUAGUCUAGAGAUGACAAAAUAUUUAGAAAGAUUUCAGUAGCCGUAUGUAAAUAUACUCCAGUUCUUAAAAAGGACCUCCAGAGAUUUUAUCUGUGUGGCCCUGGAGCCAGUCCCUAGUGGACACAGAAGCAAGACCCUUGCUUUUCUCUUUCCAUUCUGCUUUCUGUGUUUCUACCGGUCCAACCAACAGGUCAAUAGCUGCACUUAGCAAGCUGUCUAUUCGUUCAUGUCUUAUCUGCAGUGUGAAUGGGAGAACCCUGAAAGUGAGUUUUAGUUUCCAUCUUUGGAGAACAAAAGAAAUGAACCUUUGCUGAAAUACUCCGCCACUCCAUUGAAUUAUUAAAUUAACCUCAAAUCACAAAAUGAAAGGUGGUUUAACUCUAAAUCUCUUUGCUAGUGAACAGUGGGAAGAAAAAAUGCCACCUGCUGAGGGAGGGUGAUAGCAGAAAAGAGAGCAGAGUCACAGCCCCUGGCUGUCCCUCAACACCCAUUUUGUCUAGCAUCCUAUAUGGGCCCAUGCUUUUUUGUCUUGUGGGGAUAUUGGUUACAUUCAAACACUUUCUAUGAGAGCAAAGAUGGUUGCUCACACAUUUAUCUAUUUUGAGAGGUCUGUGUUGUUUGCCUCUUAGAGGAAAUGGAAAGAUAAGGCUUCAUUCAUUGGUUGAUGUAAUAAAUCAUGCUUGUAACAAAAACAA